AUGAGCCACUCUGUUGACAGAUUUGCCAGGAAGAAAGUGGCCAUUGUCGGCAGUGGCUGCUCGGGCAUUGCUGCGCUUUGGGCUCUGAAUAGAACGUAUCACGAUGUCUAUCUUUACGAGGCCGCAGACCGCUUGGGCGGCCACACCAACACGGUGCAAUGGAAGGCCGGCAAGUAUACGACGGCCGUUGACGCCGGAUUCAUUGCGAUGAAUUCAGCGACAUAUCCCAAUUUCUUGAAUUUCCUCAGCAGAAUCGGAGUCCCGACUGAGCCUACUGAGGUGACCUUUAGCGUAUCGCGAGACCAGGGCCUGUUUGAAUGGGCGAGCACGAAUCUGAGCACGAUAUUCUGUCAAAAGAGAAAUGUCUUCUCUCCUAGGAUGUGGAGGACACUAUUUGACAUUGUUCGCUUCAGCCAGUUCGCGCUGGACUUGCUCAUAGACGAUGAGGAAUAUGAGCCUCGCUAUGGAGGAGAGAACAUGAUGAAUCACGUUCACAAGACGCUGACCAUUGGCGAGUACCUGCAGCGUGAGGGCUACUCGGAUGGCUUCCGGGACGAUUAUUUGAUUCCCCUGACAGCUGCUAUCUGGAGCACAAGCCCUGAUAAAUGCGCGUUGGAGUUUCCUGCAACAAUGCUGGUCCGCUUCCUAUGGAACCAUCACCUGCUAUCCACCCUCGCCCUACGCCCACAGUGGCUGACGCUCAAGAAUGGUGCUCGCUCAUACAUCGAUACUGUCAUGAAGGGCUUUCCCCCGAACCACAUGUUCCUCAAUACCCCAGUCAGAAAUGUGUCCAACGACAAUCAAGGACGAGUACUAUUGCACCUUGAAAAUGGCAAGACGGAGGUGUUCGAUCACGUUAUCCUUGCCACUCACGGCGACCAGGCGCUCUCCAUUCUCGGCCCCUCCGCCACGGAGCAGGAGCGCUCGAUUCUGGCCUGCUUUCAGACGUCACAGAACGAAGCGGUGCUACAUUCAGAUCUGUCUCUGAUGCCACGGAAUAAAAGGGCAUGGUCAAGCUGGAACUUCCUGACAUUGUCUUCUCCCUCAACACAGAAAGCCAAUAUGGACAAAGUCUCCAUAACUUACAACAUGAACAUCAUGCAGCGCAUUCCUAGAAAUCCAUUUGGCGAUGUUUUGGUCACUCUGAAUCCAAUCCAUCGCCCCAGUCCAUCCAAGAUCCAGGGGAAGUAUUACUACACUCAUCCUCUGCACACUCCCUCAUCUGUGCGCGCUCAAAGGAUGCUGCGUUAUAUACAGAACAGGAGAGGAAUCAGCUACGUUGGUGCAUGGACUGGAUAUGGAUUCCACGAAGACGGAUUCACCAGUGGAUUGCAGGUGGCUCAGGACCACCUAGGGGCUAAGCUCCCCUUUGAGUUCCGAGACUCCACCUAUAGCAGAGGAAGAGUCCCAAGGUUGGGUCUGUUGGAUCAUUUAUUCCGGCUUAUUAUUCUGGCAAUCCAGGUGUUUGUCAUCCAGGUCUUGGAGAGACUGGCACAAUCUGGCAGGCAGAGGGUGGUGAAGCCGCUUCUCAAUGGCUUCCAGAAGAAGCAACCCCGCAAAAAAUUGGCAUAA